UGCUGUGUGUGUUCAUACUUAGACGUGCUUUGUCUCUAGAGGCCGUCGUGUCAGCACAGUGGGCUAUUUUUAUGGCCAUUAUUGAACCGUGGGGAGCGCGUCGAUAUAAUGCGUAAAGUGCUGAAAGGAUGCAAAGGCACCCUGAUUCUGCGUGGAGGAGCAGACGUACAACGAGCCACAGCGUCUCUUCCCAUCUGGUCCAUUACCUCGUCAAGAGCAUGAAGACAUCCCUGACUGAGAUGUGCUCGCGCUCACUUCAGACUUCCUACUAUGUUGAUAUGAAUUAUUAAUCGUUCGCACGUUACUGAACGGCGACUUUGCUGCAUCGGGACGUGUAGCUGCGCUGACGGCACCAUGUUCGUGCUCCGCCGUGGGCCGAGACGGGACAGCUCUCCGUGGGUCGGCGGCGCCAGGCUAAAGGCUAAAGCAGCUCAGCGGCUGUAAUCCCCGGAUGAACCAUCAUGGCUGCCAGUCGCUGAGCUGUCAAGCUCUCCACAAAAGACAAAGAAAUCUAAAAAGCGAUGGAUGCUUGCGGAGUCACAUCCGCAGGAGAUAAUACCCAGUGUGUCAACACGAGGAAUAAAGCUUUGCACAAACGGCUCCACCUCAGGAAGACUGCCGUCGAGCCCACAACUAUGCAAAGCACAGAUAAGGGCGGCCCGAAGAAGAUAGCGGAGGAGUGGGAGCGUGGCCCAGCGUGGCCCUCGUCAAAGAAGUCCCUGCAGGAAGCGGAGCAGAGUCAGUGUUCACUCAGGUUUAGGUGCUCUAACUGUAGGGACAACUUGGAAUAUGUUCCCAAAGACCUGGUGAGACACUUUGAGGAAAACCACAAAGGAAGCCCACCAGUUUUCUCCUGUCAUUCAUGUACUUUUAACACCCAUGAAUUCUCCUACCUUCAGGUUCACCUAUUAAGCCACACGGACACUUUUUCUAGUUGCUGCAUCUGCAGAGACAGCGUGCAGCGGACGUGGUCCGAGCUCAGCACGCACCUGUCUGCGCGUCACUGCCAAAACGGCAAAUAUGUCUGUGAAACCUGUCCAGCGUUCUGCACAAGCAACGUGCAAGUGUUCCUGGAGCAUAUGUGUGUGCACAACGUGCACUUUGAAGAAGCUGAUGGCGAUCUGUCGCUGCACGCGAAGGACAAGAAUCCGUUUGGACCCAAAACAACCACUCAGAAGUUACACUGUCAGCACUGCGACUACGAAGCAGCCCAGCAGUGGUUGAUUACUAAGCACAUUAAAGCCGCUCAUGUUUGCCAGAGUGGCAAUGAGAGGAGGAGGAGGAAGAAGAAGGAGGAGGUUAAUUCCUUAGCAAUGAAACCAAAUGACCCAAUCCCAAAAAUGAAGCCUAGAUUAACAAGAAGUGCUGUUAGCGAAAUGUGCUGGCUGACACAGGACUGCUUGUCUCUGCCAGGGAGGGAAUUCUUGGAUAAAUACUGCCAUCUGUCAGACCCACAAACAACACUAGAGGAGACGCAACAGUUUUUGAUGAAAUCCGUUGCCAGGGAGACCGGCGAUCAGAAAUGGACCAACGCUCUUAAAACCGUCCUGUCAAACGUCCCCCAAGAUGCCAAUCUCCAUCCCAAGUCAGAGAGCGGCCUCAUGUUGAACACGGAUCUCGCAGUUCUGACCGUCAAAAACAAGAUAACUGUAGCCCCGAACGGUGGUUCUUACUCCAAAAGGUUAAAAAGGAUGACGUCGUCAGAAAGAGAAGCCGUGCUGCCUGAAAGUGCCGCCGCUGAUGCCUGUUGUGCUGUUGACAAAAAUGGGUGUCAGGCGAAUUUAAGCGCUCCUGCACUUUGCGCACAGGCUGAAACCAAAUCGCACGACGACAUCUCGGCGUUGGCGCCGAACGAGCCGUUCGAUUGCGCCCAAAUGCAGGAGAACCGAGAAAACCAGGGGUUAGAGACUCUGGAGGAACACGGUAAACACCAGGAUGCCGCGGAUGAAGGCGGGAGCACCCUCGCCAGUGAGCUGAAGCUGGCGAACGAGCGUGAGGCGCAGCCAUCGGUUCGUAGAGUGCCUCCAAGGAAGAAGAACUGGGGUCAAAGGUGGAGAAGAAAGUCCAGAUAUAAAAAAGUAGAUAAAGCAUCAUCAGCCUUAAAGAUAGUGCUGAAGAAGAAUCCUGUGAAGGACAAGCAGUGGGUGUCGCAAGGCUCCCUGUCUACAUCAGGAGAUCACUGUAAAACACCUGAGAAGACAAUGGAGGUGUCUCAAAAUGCGUCCCAGACGAGGUCUCCAAAGACCAAACUGCCCGACACAUCUGGCAGCUUAACGUCACAAUGGAAGCCAGGAGUAGAAGUCGGUCCCGGCUGUGCUCCAAAGCCAGCUGGGUCCGAUGAUCCGGACGGGGCCGAGACUGCCGCGCCCCAAGGCUCGCUGUCCGAGCGUCGAGAAAUGCGAGAUGGUGCCGAGACGCGCCCUGAGCCUGGGAGCAGCGUGGACGACCACACGUCGGAGGCCACGGCUCCAGCAGCUGACGGCGUGACUCCGCUCAGCAGUUACAUCAAGCGCUCCCCCGUUUCCCAACUCGCUGUUACUUCACAGGGUGACUUGGAAGACGCGAGCCUUGCUCUUUCCAUCGAGCAGAGAGAGUUGCCCGAACGUCUCAGCUCAGAGUUGGUCAGGACGCGUCCUCCUGCGGGGAAAGCCAUUGAACAGGAGUCCUCACCAGCCUCCGGGCCCGACUGGCAGCCGGCCCCCAAGAGCCUGGAGAGGACCCUGAAGCUAAUAGCCAUAAAUCCAUCUCAGCUGGUGAAGCGUCCGUCGGGAGGCCAGCCUGUCGUGGUGCUCAACCAUCCAGAUGCCGACAUCCCCGAGGUGGCCCGGAUCAUGGAGGUGGUCCACAGGUACAGAGGAGACGUGCAGAAGGUGGUGCUGUCACGCAGGACGCUGGGCGCCCUGUCGGCCACGGGCGGCGCCGCCCCCAAAGGCGACGCCCCACCAGCGUCUGUCCAGGAACGGUUCGUCUUGAAGAUGAGACUCCGUCGGCUUAGCAGGAAAAAGUACGAAGUGGUGGGCGGGGCCUCUGCGGACGAGGACGCCGCGCCGCGGUUCAGCUGCUGGUUCUGCGGCAGGGUCUUGGAAAGUCAGAAGGUCUGGAUGGUCCAUCGGCGGCGGCAUCUGAUGGAAUCGCCACAGCCGAAGCUGUGAAAACUGAGAAAUGUCGCUCACACUGGAUGAAAAGCGCAGACCGCCUGGAAAAAGAUGACUUUGCAAUACACAAAAAAGGAACGUCUAACGUUUUAAGUCUUAAUUGAAAAUGGUUGUUUUUGAUGAGAAUCAAAUCACUUCCUGGAGGGUUCACGUUCUCAGGGUAACGAUACAUUUACCUUUUGUUUGAAUCUCCCGGUCUGAGUAGCUUGAUACAAAAUCUUUGUAGAUGAGUGAUUAUUUGUACAGCCACAAUGUGCUGGUAGCCUAGCUCUUUGUAUUUGUUUCUAUUAUGUCUACGCAGUAGCUUUAUUUAAGGUGAUGUAAGUACACUGUCGUACGGAACCUUUUCUGGAACACUGUAAUCUGUACGUUUGCCAUACCGUGUGAACUGAGCGGAUCACUUCCUCUACGGGUAGGCUAUGCAGUGUGGUAGCUAUCGUAUUUAUGUUGGAAUGGGACGCAGAGACCCUGCGUUACUCAGAUACCAAAACUCUGUUUAAAACCAACAAAAAAAGACAAUAAGCUGUUUUAUUGACCAUGUAUUUAUUAUUCUUAGGUUUAGUCUUUAUAUGCUUUUCUUUAUGCUUUAUUUUUUGGGCCUUUGGAAGAAUCAGUGUAUUUGUAAAUUAUGUUUCAACCUAUGAGAGGUCUAUUUUCAUCCAUUCAGGAGAAGUCCCUAAAGGCACGAUUAUAUUUUUUUAAAAAGUAACCUUGUGAUGACAAUCAAUUACUAACUUUUUUUUGAAAUCCUGAAUUCUUAAAGAUCAACAUGUCAGUUUUGUUUCCAUUUCGUCAGACUUGAAAUGAUCUCGUCUUUGUAAUUGCACUAUGAACGGAGGAGCCCCAGAUCCCGUUACCUCACCUCAUCAGGCCAAAGCCUUUGACAAUCUCAACUCUUACUGUGGCUGAACAUUUCCAUAGGAGGCUGCAGUCCCUCAGUAUUCACAGCAAGGGAAUCGUAGCGUGUGUGUGUGUGUGCGUGUGUG